ACUUUGACAGUAAUAAUUUUGUCAAUAAUUUGUGUACAAAAACUGCUGUCUAUCUAUCGCUUAAAUUCCUAUUUAUUUAAUAAACAGAUCCUGAUCGGCUAGGUUAAUGGAAUAUUCAACUUUUCACUCUUGGUAAAGUUUCGGGUAAUCGAAUACCGACAGAAGAAAACACCGGCGAAAAUGAGUAACUAUGGACCUAAACGAAAUGAGGAAAAUUCGGAAGAUUCACCUCCUCAUUCGAGACUAUUCAUUGUUUGCGAACGGCGGUUUACAGAAGAAGAUUUUAGGGAAGUUUUUUCAAAAUUCGGCACUAUUGAGGACAUUAGAAUGCCACGCAACCAUCAAACCGGGCAAUCGAAAGGAGUUGUAUUCAUAAAGUUCUCGAAAACAUCUGAAGCUGCUUAUGCUUUAGAAGCUAUGCAUAUGAAAUCGCUGAAGGGCUCCGGUAGAGCCCUAAAAGUGAUGGUUGCGACCAAUCGGUCAGACAUCCAUACUGAUGACAAUCAUGACGACAAAUACAAAAGACUAUUCUUAACUAUUCCAUACGUAUGCACUGAAAAAGAUAUACAAGCAGCCUUUGCUAAAUACGGGUUUGUCGAGUCAGUUAUCAUUCAAAGAAACCGCGUGACAGGUGAAUCGAGAGGUUUUGCAUACGUCACAUUCAGUAAAUUUUCUGAAGCAGCUGUUGCUUUUGAAGAGUGUGACAGAAAGUAUCGCGCUAUUUUUGCAUUGCCAAGGGGGUCUGCCAAACGCACUGAAUCUGCUUUCGAGUCAAGUGUUAAUGACUUGGUCAACAUCCCUUCCAGUAGCAGUGGGAGUACAGAUCUCAUGUCCUUAAUGAGAACUACUCCUAAGGGCUACACUACUGUUCACUUCAUGUGUUCUCCUGCUUUAUCCCAGAUGCAUGUUGAAACCUUAUUUGACCUCAUACCAGGUUUAACUGAUUGCCAAUAUCAUGUUGAUAUGACGCGCCCUUGUGGUAAAGGUACCGCUUCAUACUCUAACCCCAUCUGUGCAGCAUAUGCUGUUGAAAAACUGAAUGAGUUUGAGUAUCCCCCUGGUAUGAAAAUUUAUGUUAAGCCUGACAAGUCUAGGUCUGAAAUGCAUAAUCACUUUAACAAAUUAUCUACUGUAACUUAUAACCUAAAGAAUGCCAUGAACUCUACUCACACAUCUUCCCCUGACCUAGCUAAGUUAACAGAAGCUAUUGCUGAAGCGUCUAAGCUUCUCAAAAUGGCUACUAAGGCAGAUGACAAAACCCCUGAUGCUAGUGACUUGAACUACUGCAGUGUGAAGCUGCCUCCUCCAAAGCCUCUCGCUGACAUUGACUGCCCUGUUGCCAAAAGGUGUUUCUUAGUCUGUAAGCCUCACCCGCCACCACUGACAGUUUUGCGUGACAUCUUCUGUAGAUUUGGGGACCUUAUCAAUGUGUACACUUUGCCCAAUAAGACAGUAGGAUAUGCUCGUUAUGCAACUGUAAGAGCUGCAGAUGAAGCCAUAAAGGUGUUGCAUGGAGCGGAGGUUUGUGGUGUGCGUAUUAAAGUGUUAGAAGCGGAAGAUGAGUCUCGUGCUAAGAAACGCAGAUUUGAUUCGGAAAAGGACGAACAGGUUGACUGACUUGACAGUGUCAUCCACCCAGCAGGACUAGAGGACAACUACUGACAACUUUUAUUAAGACAUUGUAGCUUGGACAAAUAAAUAAUAUUAACAAA